UUUUUAUAAAGUAUUUUGUUUCUUGAUAAAUUGUUGCCAUUUGUUAAUUUUGCGUAAAAUACAGCAGACAAAAGAGAAAACUCAAGUCUUUAUUAAAAACCCCAUAAAAUCUGAACACCAUUUUUCAUGUUAUAUUUCCCAGAAUCACUGCAAAAAUUAUUCCCAUUUUUCAGUCAUCUAAAUCUUUAUUUCCUUUAUCAAUCAGCUCUUCAUUUAUUUUAUCAGCAAAUUUUAUGAAGGAUCAGUAUUGACUUAUCAGUAUACCUUGUUGUAGUCAAUUGCUUGUCAUUGGUGGUAUCAAGUUAUCGCAUAAGGCAGCUUCACUCUACUGAAAAAUCAGAUAUCGAGUUGCUUAUACUAGUUCUCCAUGCAUUCAUUUAUCCUGUUUUUCUCGGUUGUCUUGAAUGGCCAUGCGAUUUGCAGAAUCUCAAUGUAAAAGCCAAACAGAGAGAUACUCAUUAUUGAUGGAGCAUCCAGAACAAAGAAAUGAGAAUGAGUAUGUGAUUGACAUAAGGAGGAGUGUAGAAGCUUCCUCAUCUGGUUCUGCUCAUGAUAGAAAUUCUAAUGAGAUGGAAUCUACUCAGCCUGAAGACAGGCCUUCAAGUAGUGCCAGGGCUACGGUUUCUCAGUUGUCACUUCCUCUUUCCAACAUCUCGAAUUCCAGGAAUUCAUCAUUUAGCAGGAGAGGGAAUGGUCACAGCCGAAGGCGCAGAAGCCCUUUAAAUUCAGGGUUGUGGAUAUCUGUUGAACUUGUUCUCACCUUAGGUCAGAUUGUGGCUUCUGUCAUAGUUUUGUCUUUGUCAAGGCAUGAACAUCCACGAACUCCAUUAUUUGCUUGGAUUAUGGGUUAUGCUACAGGAUGCAUUGCAACUCUUCCUCUUCUCUAUUGGCGUUAUCUUCAUCGCAAUCAAGGCUCUGAACAAGACCCUUCCCAACCCCGGCAACUUUCUUCUAAUGGCAAUCCUAUUGUUGGUCACUCUUCUUCUUUUACUGCUCAGACUCUAGAAGAUGAUAACCACAUCCCUACAUCAAACAGAAAUGCUACUGGUCAGAGUGUGGGAAUGCGGAAUGCCAGGCUCAAGGCUGCAGUCGAGUACUUUAAGAUGGGCCUAGAUUGCUUCUUUGCAAUCUGGUUUGUGGUCGGUAAUGUGUGGAUCUUUGGGGGGCAUGCUUCUUCUUCUGAAGCUCCCAACUUGUACAGGUUAUGUAUAGUGUUCCUCAUCUUCAGCUGCAUAGGAUAUGCUAUGCCAUUUAUACUCUGUGCAACAAUCUGCUGUUGUCUCCCAUGUAUAAUAUCUGUGCUAGGCUUUAGGGAAGAUUUAAACCAAACCAGAGGAGCAACAUCGGAGUCAAUUAAUGCUCUUCCAACCUACAAGUUUAAGUUGAAGAAAAGCAGAAACAGUGACGGUGUUGGUGAAUCUGGAGUAGUGGCUGCAGGAACAGAGAAGGAACGGGCAAUAUCAGGAGAAGAUGCAGUUUGUUGCAUUUGCUUGGCGAAAUAUGUGAAUAAUGAUGAACUGAGGGAGUUGACAUGUUCUCAUUUGUUUCACAAGGAGUGUGUGGAUAAGUGGCUGAAGAUUAAUGCUCUUUGCCCUCUUUGUAAGAACGAAGUGGGUGAUACCUUGCUCAGUUCACUUGCUGGAGCAACUGCCAGCCUACGACGAGCUGAGAAUAGGGUAGUUAGCAGCUAAGGAAGUACUUGCCUGUGUUACGACCAAAACACCCCUUGUUUUUGCAACAUUCGGCAUGAUACUCAACUGGAGCCAUGCUCAGGCUCAUUUCAUAGAAGCAGCCUAUCAACUGGAGGUUUUUUCAUGCAGAAUCGCUUAUAUCGUUGGUGUAUAAUCAUAUACUUAAUUUCAGAAUUAGGUCCAUAUGAGAGUUGAAAGGAUGUUUGUGUUGAUAAUUAGAGUUGGUUCAUAAGAAACUGAAAGAAAAUGUUGAAUCAAAGAUAGUUGUAAUUUGUAAGAUAUAAAGUAUAUACCCUUUUCUGUACUGCUGGCAAUGAUUGGCAAUUUUAAGUUAUUUGGUUCUCCAUUUUGUUACUGUA